UUUGACAACCGCCAGGCUCAAACAGUUUACUUCAGCGCUUGCUUUCCCUCGUUUUUCUGCGAGGAAAACAAACUCACGGUUUCCGCCGGGAAAUCUAAAUUUCCCGUCCUUGUGUGUGCGCCGUGUUCCGACCUCCGCCUGCCCGCCGCUCGCCAAGAUGUCCGGGUUUUCAUUCGGCACCCCAACAACAUCGGCUCCCGCCUUUUCCUUCGGUACGCCAGCGGCAGCAACGACAAGCAUCGCGGCAGCCGCCCCACUAGCAACGGCAGCAGCGGCAGCGGCACCAGCGACGGGAUUUUCCUUCGGAGCCCCGGCCACCGCAACAACGACGACAGCACCCACGGCCACCGGGUUUAGCUUCGGCAAACCGGCCGCAACCACAGCAACGGCAGCCGCCCCACUAUCGUUCGGCCUCGGAGCUACCUCCACCGCAGCAACCCCGUUCGGUGCCGGGCUGAGCGUAUCGGCCGGAACCACAGCCACCGCCACCACGACGUCAACGUUUGCCGUACCUACGCUAAACUUCGGAACUGCUGCAACCGCAACGGCCGGUGGUGCUACCGGGACGCUUGGGCUUGGAAAUGCCGGCGGCGGUCUUUUCGGUGCGGCCAAAGCGACAACCACCGUAGCCACACUGGCGGCAGCUCCUGCCACCACCACCACCGCCGCCCCCGCCACGGUUGGGCUGGGCGGCGUUGACAUAAACGCCAACCAGCCCAAAUCGGUCGAGGGCAAGAGCGACAACACGAAGGCGAAGGAAUCGCAAGUGCCGCAGGAAAUCAUAAGCACCGUGGAGCACCUGAAGGAGUACAUCAAGAAGCAGAAAACGAUCGGCUCGGACAUUGCCCGCUCGUCCGCCCGCAAGAUGUCGAACGUGUCGAGCGAAAUCAAGAGCCUGAACAGCACGCUCGCCGAGCUGUCGAACAGCGUGAGCAACAACCAGAACGCGAUCAAGAUGCUGCGCCACGAAACGUCCGGCAUUACGCGCCAGGCCGAUAUGGCGCAGCGCACGCAGGAAACGCCGGCCGGGCUGCAGUUCGAGAACACGCUGCCGCUGCAGUACUUCAUCGAGCUGAUCCAGAAGUACGAAUCGGACCUGAUCAACCUGAAGCAGCAGGUCGAGCUGACGGAGAAGCACAUGAACUCGCUCACCACGCCGCAGUACUUUACGCCCCAGGAUCUGAAGCUCUGCCUGCAGCAGAUCUACGAAAGCUUCGUGGCCCUGGCCGGCCGCCUGCACGAGCUGCACCAGAAGGUGGAAACGCAGAAGGAACAGUAUCUCAACCUGCGACGCUACCUGCUGCGCGACAAUACGGACGUGUUCGAGGGUGGCGAGGGCGCGAAGGAGGGCAGCAGUGCGGUGGACAAAUUUGCCCUCAACAUCUCAUCCGGUCCGACCCCGUUCUCGACGGUGAUGGGCGGUAACGUGAGUUUCGGUGUUUCGUUGAGACAAACCGGUGCCGGGACGUCGCUGUGGUCGGGCGCAGGGACGGGUUUGGCGGGUGCCGACCAGGGCAAGGGUGCUCCGUUCGGGCAGACGAACUUUUUCGGCAUGAACGCGGGCGGCAGUGGUGUGGCGGGAGGCAGCGAUGCGUUCGGAAAUCGGUUAGGGUUUGGUUUUGGGUCGACGGCAACGACCGGAGCGGAUGCGUUCAAUCUGCAGAAGCCACCGAUAGGGAGCAAAAGGAAUAAGUUGUAAUAAUAAAGAAUGUAAUUUGGAGAAACCUUUGAGAACGUGUAUGACGAACAGAUAAAA